AUGUCGGAGGAGCAAACUGAUUCCAACUCCAGUGUGUACUAUUUUGACAGUGCAGUCCAGAGCAGCCUCGUGUUUUCAGGACCCAUAUUUGUUAUUUUGAUGAUGAUGAUGGUGACUUUGGUUGUGGUGAUAGUUUUGGGAAACGCACUGGUCAUUUUGGCCUUUAAAGUGGACAAGAGUUUGAGAAGACAAUGCAAUUACUACUUCCUCAAUUUGGCAGUGUCAGAUUUUCUUGUAGGGGCAUUCUGCAUCCCAGUCUACAUCCCCUACAUUCUCACAGGCAGGUGGACACUGGGCCGAGGACUGUGUAAACUGUGGCUGGUCAUGGACUACCUGCUUUGUUCUGCGUCUGUCUUUAGCAUUGUCCUCAUCAGCUAUGACCGUUUCCUGUCAGUCACCAGAGCGGUAAGUUAUCGUGCCAGGCAGAGAAUGACUCAUCAAGCCAUAAUCAAGAUGAUUGGUGUCUGGGUGCUAGCCUUUGUCCUGUACGGCCCAGCUAUCAUAUUCUGGGAGCUGGCUGUGGGUAGAAGCCGCGUGCCAAAGGAUGAGUGCUUUGCGGAGUUCUAUUACUCUUGGUACUUCCUGCUGAGUGCCUCAAUGCUGGAGUUUUUCUCUCCUUUCAUCUCAGUGGCUUUCUUCAACCUCAGCAUUUACCUCAGCAUACGCAGGAGGAGGUUCCACAGCAGGGAGGCCCAGCUACACCUUCAAAUGAGCGAACCUGCCUCUGCCCAGGGGGAAGGUAUCCCCCUGUCCCACAACUGGGGGUUUGGGAUGAAACUGGCUGUAAAAGGCUCUAUCCACUCGCAGACCUCCUCUCCUAGUUUGGGUAAACUCGAUCCCUCAACCAGCAGGGCGGCGCAGCCCAGCCGUCUGUCCAGGGAUAAGAAAAUUGCUAAGUCCCUGGCCAUCAUAGUGUGUGUGUUUGCCAUCUGCUGGGCACCGUACACCCUACUGAUGAUCAUCCGUGCUGCCUGCAGAGGGCGGUGCAUCCAGCAUCACUGGUACGAGGUCACCUUCUGGCUCCUGUGGCUCAACUCUGCUAUUAACCCAUUCCUGUACCCACUUUGCCACAGUAGCUUCCGCAGGGCCUUUAGCAAGAUUCUCUGCCCGAAGCGGCACACAACUCCCCCGUCAUCUGUCCUUCGUGCUGGCCAGUGA